AUGCCACUGUGGAGGAGGCGGAUGCACAAGGUGGAUGGAAGAGUUGUGGAACCAAAGAGAGCUGUCUCCAGAGAAGAUUCUCAAAAACCAGGUGCCCACUUUGUUGGUGGCAUUAAAGAAGACACUGAAGAAUAUCACCUAAGAGACUAUUUUGAACAGCAUGGGAAAAUUGAAGUGAUUGAAAUCAUGACUGACAGAGGCAGUGGCAAGAAGAGGGGCUUUGCUUUUGUAACCUUUGAUGACCAUGAUUCUGUGGAUAAGACUGUCAUUCAGAAAUACCAUGCUGUGAAUGGCCACAACUGUGAAGUAAGGAAAGCCCUGUGGAAGCAAGGGAUGGCUAGUGCUCCAUCCAGCCAAAGAGGUCGAAGUGGUUCUGGAAACUUUGGUGAUGGUCUUGGAGGUUGUUUUGAUGGGAAUGACAACUUUGGCCAUGGAGGAAACUUCAAUGGUCGAGGUGGCUUUGGUGGCAGCCGUGGUGGUGGUGGAUAUGGUGGCAGUGGGCAUGAGUACAAUGAAUUUGGUAAUGAUGGAAGCAAUUUUGGAGGUUUGGGAAGCUACAAUGAUUAUGGCAAUUACAACAAUCAGUCUUCAAACUUUGGACCCAUGAAGGGAAGAAAUUUCAGAGGCAGAAGCUCCGGCCCCUAA